AUGUGCAGCAACGAAAGCCCAUCGAAUCCAUCACCAAGGCUGCCGAUACCAUUUCCUUUAGAAACCAAUGCUCCAAGAGCUUUGCUACCUAUAGAUCAGUACAGGUUGCAAUUAUAUCAGUAUGCCGUCGCUGAGCGGUUGCGUUAUCCAUUGCUGAAUCCAUUCCCGUCGCCUUUAACGUGCUACCCUCUAUUUCCAAGAGCUCUGCAGCCCGAGGAGCCGAAACCACAGCACAGCUACAUUGGGCUAAUCGCCAUGGCGAUUCUGAGCUCACCGGAAGGGAAAUUAGUUUUAUCGGAUAUAUAUCAGCAUAUUUUGGACCACUAUCCGUACUUCAGAACUAGAGGACCAGGGUGGAGGAACUCCAUACGACACAACUUAUCUCUGAACGAUUGUUUUAUAAAAGCUGGGCGUAGCGCCAACGGGAAAGGCCAUUACUGGGCCAUUCAUCCCGCGAACGUAGAAGAUUUUAGAAAAGGUGACUUCAGACGGCGCAAAGCUCAGAGGAAAGUGAGAAAACACAUGGGGUUGGCUGUAGAUGAAGACGGAGUUGACUCUCCAAGUCCACCACCUCUUUCCGUAAGUCCACCGGUGGUUCCCGGUCCGUCGACGGCUGUUUAUCCGACGGUUCCGAACGUGAGAGGGUCCAGAAAACGUCAGUUUGACGUGGCGUCGCUUCUAGCACCGGAUUCUGGUGACGAAACCACCGAAGAAGACAUAGACGUUGUAAAUAGUGACCAACAAGACCAAAAUGAGCGAAAACAGUGGCCUAUUUUUCCUAUUGUAAAUUAUUAUCAAGCGUUGCUGCAAGCUAGACCGGCCGGACCGAGUUCGGGUCCGACGAAAGACAGUGCUGACUCGUAA